AUGACCCUCUCUGUGAGUCCGCUCUACCUGCCUCUCCACAUCCUAACUCAGGCCGAGGACAAGACCCUCGUCAUCAAGAUGCUCGUGACCUGCCAGGGCAUGUACAAGGCCGAGCACCCGGGCGUCAACCGUCCCGACAAGAAGCACAAUGCGUUCAUCAACGCUGUCGCCUCCGAGCUCGGCAUGAGCAAUGCGGAGCGCGACGAGGCCCGUGCGGCCGGCAAGGGCGGCGACGCGCGCGCCAGCAAGAGCAGCCCCGAGGCUGGCGAGACAGCCACGCCCAAGGCUAAGGCCCCGCCGAAGACGGCUGCCAAGGCCAAGGCUGCACCGCGCAAGCCUCGUGCUCCAGGCGGGAAGAAGGUCAAGGAGGAGGAGAAGCCGUCGCCCCGCAAGCGCCGCCGCACUUCGGAGAGCGAGAAGACGGAUGAGAACGAGGCGAUGGACGAGGACGAGGCGGAGGGGGCGGAGGCCGGGGAUGAGGACGAGCUGACGGCAUACCAUACUAAAUCUGCAACCCCGGUCACAUCUGCUUCUUCUCUACUCGCUCAUCAAUUCCUCGCUUUCGCUCUCCGCCUUAACCUUCUCAGCCUUCACCAUCCUCGCCCGACCGUUCUCCUUCUUGGCCUUCGCAGCCUUGCCCUCCCCGGCCUUGCGCGCCGCCAUGGCGCCGUCGACGACCUCGGCACCAAAGCUUUUGCGGAGGUACGCCAGGAUCUUCUUGCUCAGCUCAGACCCGCCGUUGCCCGCGACACUCGCAAGCUCGGGGCGCGCGGCGAUCGCCGUGCGCGACGCGACUACGGUCUCGACGAUGGCGGUGUAGAUCGCGCGCUGCGUCAGCAGGGUCGCAGCGGGCGUACCUCGAUCUCGGGGGUGAAGUCCUCUUUCUUGGGGAUGUUGCGGGAACGGCGCUCGGUCUUGGUGCGCACGGGGGGCAUGGUGAUAGGUGUAACGAUGGGUCGAGGGACGGUGGGAGUUGAAGUCUAG